CAGUCGACCGUUGAUACGACGAACAGGAAAACCGAUCCGCGACGAGCUUCUCCGUUUUGUUCAUCGCUGUUGGGUCGCAGUCAAGUCAGUCGCAUUUCCAAGACGUCAAACGACGAGUCGAAAGGUCGCUCGCAUACAAAACUACUAUUCGCGGAACAACGACGGGAAAAGUGAGGUGAAAAAUUCAAUUUUAUUCGUGUCAUUCUGAUUAACUCGCGAGGGUGCAAGGUUUUGGACAUCGCUUCUACAACGUUCCGAAGAAGUUAACGUUUUCAGCGCGGUUGGUUGUGCGUACGUGUGUAAAAAUUCGGUUCCAGAUGGUGAAGAAAUUCCUAUCAGAUUCCGAUUCCUGCUGCUGGUGCCUGUGAGAUAGGUAGAUAGAGCGAGAAAGCGUGUGCAUGUUUUUCUGGUGGUGUAAAAAUACGCUUAGUCCCCCUCUGUGUGUGCAUCAUCUUUUAAAUCCGUACCUCGUCCCUUCCCCUGCAUAAUAAUAAUAGAGUGUUCUCUCGGAAAAGUGUACCAGAGUGAAUCGAAAAAGGAAAAGACCAUCAUCGGGGCGAUAUAAUUGCAUCCAAAUACCGAACUUUGUGCACUGCCAGAGAUCAGUAUGGCCGACGAAAAAAUGAUUCCGGAAGUCCCGGCAGCCGACGAACAGAUCGGUUUCCUGACUAGCGUCCUCAACGAGAUUAUCUACAGUCCGCUGAACCUGAUCCUGGUCGGGGUCAUUACCAUUCUGGUGUACAAAAUAUUCCGCAGCCAGAAGCAACCGGCGGCCGGACCUCCACCGGAACCGGAAUUGCCUCGCCUCAGAAGGGACUUUACGGUGGCGGAACUGCUGCAGUACGACGGAAAACAACAGGACGGACGGGUACUUGUUGCCGUCAAUGGCAGUGUGUAUGAUGUAACCAAGGGAAAGCGCUUCUACGGACCCGGUGGUCCCUAUGCCGCUUUCGGAGGUCGUGACGCCUCCCGCGGGUUGGCCACAUUCAGCGUCACCAGCAACGACAAGGAAGAGUACGAUGACCUGAGCGAUCUCACCCCAAUGGAGAUGGAAUCGGUCCGGGAAUGGGAAAUGCAGUUCAAGGAAAAGUACAUUCUCGUCGGUCGCCUGUUGAAGCCAGGUGAGCAGCCCACGAACUACUCCGACGAAGAUGAGGACACUCCAACCGAAUCGACUCCCACCGGGGAAAGCAAACCUGCCACCAGCAAGGACGAUACGACAGCAGCAGCAGCAGCGGCUCCUUCUUCGCCUAAGAAGAAGGCAGACAGCAGCAGUGGCGACAGCAAACCAGAAUCGACGCCCAGUGCGGCCGCAGAUGCCAGCGCGAAAGCUGAGGCUACCUCGAAGGCGGAGGAUCUGAAAUCCAGCGGCGAUUCGAAGGGCAAGGACGAGUGACGCCCCAAUCUGAGCAGCAACAAAUGUAGCAACAGCAGCAGCAGCAGCAACAAUAGUGGUAACAACAGUUGUAGGUUUACUAGUGGGGUGGUCAGUCGGAGUGGAGAUGAAGAGGAGGAGGAGGAAGACGACGAUGAGGCACGCAGCAGACCAUUCGAUCAGCAUAGUAUUUGCGACAUGUUUGGAUUUUAACAUACCUCUCGUUCAAAACACGGAAGAAUGGAAAUGGUACGCAAGCUAAUGUUCAAGGGGAUUGUUUUGUGAAGUAUGAAUGUUCCCAACAAAUUUUUGUAAGUUGCAAUUUUAUGUUUUUUUUUGUAAAUGCUGAUAUUUGUGCUUGCAAAUUUGCAGCCGAAUGACUAGAUUGUGAAGAACUUCAUUUAAAUUUCGAGACUCGGAAAACACUGGCUGGCUUCGGUAAAAUUUUACCGACAUUUUAGAACUUUGAUUUUCAACGCAACUAUUUUUCUCGGAAAUAACUUUAGAAGAUUUUCAUUCUUACCUAAAUAUCCGUACCUUUGUUGUUGUAAAGUGUUAAAUUUGUUUUGUGUCAAUAAAUCAAAGUAUCUGAGUUUUACCAAUAGGGCGAGAGUUUUUGAAAGCUGGUUUUUUUUUAAUUGGAUAUAUUGCGCAAGUGUGAGGAUUGGUAAGAAAACUACUCUUCACAAUUGUCGUUCGUUUUCGUUGCCGACCUUGAUAGACAUCACUUUGGGCCGAUAUUUUCUACAGCUCGAUUUAUUUUUAAAUCUUGCCAAACUUCGAAUUAUCUAGGCUGAAGUAACGUUUAUUCAACUACCAACGAAACUUUCGGGUACAUUCAAAUUGUACAGAACCCCGUUUGAACAUUGCCUGUAUGUUAAUAAUUUGUUCUUUUACAAAGGUGUGGAGCAAGGCAAUUUUAAGCGUAAUAGAAUCAUAAUAAUGCAUAAAACGUGGUAUCUGUUGUGAACUGUUUUAUAUUCGAUGUGCGUAUUUGUACUAGGACAUUGUUGGUUUGAACAGUUUGCAAAGACAAAUGGGUGUUUACUAGAAUAUUUACAAACGAAUAACCGGUGUUCAAAGACUUUCAAAUCCAAUUGAAACAACAUUUGAACGCUUUCACACACUGCAAACAAAAACUAAGGUUGCUGUGCUAGGUACUGGUCAAAAUCGACGUUUUGAUUUUGCACAAGGUUUCAAUCAAUUUUUCCCGCAAACAAACUGCUUGUCCGUCCAAGUUAAGUUCAACUUCCGACUACUAUUUAUUGUAGAGUGUUUUAGAUUCGUCAUUCCAGCCCACAUUUCCAGUAAAUAAAGAGAACGAUUUUCAAAGUACUUAUCACUCUCACAUUUUUUUGUAAAGCUUGCUUCGCAUUGGUAUGUCGCCUAUCAUCGUCUCCUGACGCACAUUUUUCUUUUCAGAAAUUGAAAAUGAGAGAAAAAGUAUGAAAAAAAUAACAAACACUCCUACCUUAACUGAAGGAAUAAACACAAACACAAACACACACACACACAUGAAUAUGAUAAACGAAACAAUUAUGGUGUCUUGGUAUUAAUAUUACUAAAGCAGCAGAAAAAUAA